AGUUUCUACACAGAAGACGGUCCUUGUGUUUUCCUCUUGAAUGUUGAAUCAGAAGGGUGUAAUAAAUGAAGUUCUGCAAAAGGUAUCAGGAGUACAUGCAAGGAAGCAACAGGGGUCUCCCUGAAGUUCCUCUCAAGAAGCUCAAAAGGCUACUCAAGAGUUGCAGGACCAAAUCCCGUUCACAGCACCACCAACACAACCCCAGCACCUCACUUCCUCUCCAUUGUCCUGUGUGUGAUGCCACCUUCUUCCCGUCUCUUCUCAAAGAGAUUUCAGCAGUUGUUUGUUGUUUCAAUGAAAAAGCUAAGACCUUGCUUGAACUGCAUUCAUCUUCAUGUUCCAUUAAGUGUAUUCUUUGGUUUGGAGCCAGCAAGCUGUUGAAUAAUCGUGAAACUAUGAUGCAAGAAGCCAAGAAACUGAUCACCUACGCUGUUAUCAAUUCAGCUGCAAUAAGGAAAAUCUUGAAGAAAUAUGAUAAGAUUCAUAACUGUAAUAAAGGUGAGAUCUUUAGAUCAAAAGUUCAGAGUAUGUAUCUUGAGAUUCUUCAAUCGCCAUGGCUUUGCGAGUUAUUGGCUUUCUAUAUUAACUUGAGGCGAAGGGCUUCAAACCAUGGCACUGAGGCACCUUGGUUUUUUGGUGAUUGCUCCCUCUCCAUUGAUGAUGGGAAACCGAUGCUCAAUUAUGGUCUUUUUGACCGUGUAAAUCUUCAAAUUGAUCUUUCUUGCUCCAUUUGUUUGGAGACUGUAUUUGAUCCGGUUGCUUUAAGAUGUGGCCAUAUCUUCUGCUACAUUUGCUUUUGUUCUGCUGCGUCGGUCACGAUCAUCGAUGGUCUCGACACUGCUGACUCCAAAACACAGUGCCCUCUAUGUCGACGGUCAGGAGUACACAAGGGUGCUGUAAACCUUGAUGAGCUGAGCUUUUUAUUAAGCCAAAGCUGCCCUGAUUACUGGAAAAAACGGCUUCGAACUGAGAGAAUUGAGCGGGUACAACAGGCUAAGGAGCAUUGGGAGUCACAAUGCCGAUCACUAAUGGGUAUUUGAUACACUUUCAUUUCCAACUCUCUGGUUAUCUGUUUUAUUUCUGGUCAAAUUUCCCUGUUUUGUAAUUAUAGCAAGUUACUCUCUGUGUUGUAUGUAAAAUCAAGCUACUUGUAUUGAGAUGCCAUGCAGUUGAAUAAAUGUUAAAAAAAAUAAGCAAACUCUAAUUUUAUUGGA